AUAAGAAACAAUGCAUAUUGCAAUAAUUGGUGCGGGAAUCGCAGGUAUAUUAUCUUUACACCAUGCUAUUAAAAAUAAUAUACAAUGUACAGUUUUUGAACAAGCGAAAGAUGUUGGUGGAUUAUGGGUGUACACGGAUAAAGUGGGUACCGAUGAAUUUGGAUUGCCCAUACACACAAGUUUAUAUGAAGGAUUAAGAUCAAACUUACCUGUACAAAUAAUGAGUAGUCCAGAAUAUCCUAAUAAUAUAACAUCGUAUAAUUAUACAUCGUAUCUUAACCAUGAAGACGUUUUAAGAUAUAUUCAAGAAUUCACUGAUCACUUCGAUUUGCGAAAACAUAUAAAAUUUUAUAAUCACGUAAAAAAAGUUAAGCCCAUCGCAAAUAAUCGAUGGGAGCUAACUUCUUUAAAUCUUCUUUCAAAAGAAGAAACAAAAUAUCAGUUUGAUGCUGUUAUAAUUGCGAAUGGUCGACGUAUUGUACCAAAAUAUCCACAUAUAAAGGGAAUUGAAACUUUUAAUGGAAUAAAACUACACAGCCAUGAUUUUCGAAAUACAAGGAUGUUUACAAAUCAACGAGUAUUAGUUAUUGGUGCAGGACCAUCAGGUUUGGACAUAACAUAUCAUCUAAGCAAAGUCGUCCAUAAGGUAUUUUUCAGCAACCAUUUGUCUUACAAUAUCAGUAAAUUUUAUCCAAAUAAUGUCAAAUUAAAACCGGAUGUAGAUCAUGUAGAUAAAUCAAAUAUUCAUUUUAAGGAUGGAACUACAGAAGAAGUUGACUCAAUAUUAUAUUGCACAGGUUAUAAACUCUCAUUUCCAUUUUUAACUCCAGAAUCAGGCUUAACAUAUGAAAAUCAGUAUGUUGAGCCUCUAUACAAACAGAUUAUAAAUAUCGAACAUCCAACUAUGGCUAUUAUCGGUUUACCGUUUAUCACAUCCAUAUUCAAUUUGUUGGAUAUACAGGCACGUUUUUAUAUUGAAUAUUUAAAAAAUCCAUCAAAAUUUCCAACAAAACAUCAAAUGUAUAUGGACAAGCAAAAAUAUGAGGAAUUACUAAGAAAAAUUGGUAGAAAAGUAUAUCAGUUUCAUCAAUUAGGUGAUUUACAAGAAACAUAUUACACUAGUUUAUCAAAAAUUGCACGAAUUAAAAAUAUACGACCUGUAGACAUUAAAAUGUACGAAGAUCGAAAAAAUAGGGCCGAAUCAGAUUUAGCACACUAUCGUGGCGAUUUGUAUAAUGUAAUUAAUGAUGAAAACUUUACAGUUGUCCGAAGUAAAAUUGAAUUUUAUUGAUAAGGUAUACUUUGCUACUCGAUGACGGGAGGUAGUCUUCAGUUUCCUCUAUUUAUUUUUCCCUAUAAUCCGUAAAUUAUUGUUCCUCAAUCCAUUCGUCCAAAUAUUUUCCCAAAUUGUUUUAUAAAUUAAAAAUUUACUCGUAGAUAGGAAAAGAUGGCAAUUACUAAAUGGCGUGCAAAGUGUACAAAGUGAAGGAACAAGGGGAACGGUGGAACAACUGUAAUAUUUGUAUCUUAUAACAAGAAAAUUUCAGAACCAGAAAGUUAAUAAAGUUAGCCAGACUUAAUAAUUUGUUUCGACAUUUUCUAGGAAUAAGAAAUAUUAAAUAUGAUUGUUCCACUAUGUCCCGAUGUAAAUUAAAACUAAUAAAUAAUAGCCCAGAAAACAAACAUCGGUAUAGGAGAUAUAGCCUAAUUAAUUCUCAGAAAGCUGUAAAUGGUUUUAAUAUUUUCAUUUACAUGUAUAAGAAAGCAACAAGGACAUUCGACGCAGAAUUUUAUAUACUUUAAUUUGUAAAACACUAAAAUUCUUUUAAAAAUUUCUCCGUUGGAGGGCGUAAGUUAAAAAGAAAGAACAUUGGUACAAACUUUCCUACCAAUUUCUGCUAUUUCCACCAUUUAUAGCUUUCUAUUAAAUAUUUAGGCUAGAUGCCGCAUGUAGC